CGUUGCAAAUGGCGAUGGACAGAUUGAGUACUCAAUCCAUCGGAAGGAAGCAGAGAAGACAGAGAGAAGGGAGCAACUUGAGAAAGAAGGAGAGGGUGUCGUUGCAGGAGUACUAUUUCUUCCUAUAUUUUUUCAUAAUUAAGGUUUCAAUCUAUCUAUCCGGCAGGUCACGUCCCUUUUCACUUUACAAAUUUACAGAGGCAAAGAGGAGUCACCACAUGUUCGAUGAUAUGUCUCUGUAUUAAAUUUGAAUAUUAAGGAGAAUCAUGUUGCGCAGAGAAUGAAUGCUCUUUCUAAGCUAAGGCGUUUGACGGAGGGGCACUCUGGCAUCGGUCGACACUCCACACUCUAGCCUUCUUCGUCCAUGGUCAAGAAUAAAAAUGGGCAGUAUAUAGAAUCAACGAAAACUUUAAUCAAAGUUUGGCAUAAAAACCAAAGCCUUAAUUCAAAUACCAAAGUGGAGUAACUGGUCCAAAUUCUUAACAAAUGAAAUCAACUCCGAAAAAAAACUGUUAACUAAUGGAAAUUUAUUCAACACUAAAAUUAUAAAAAGAAACUAUGAAAAAGAAAGGAACAGAGGGGGUUCGGAUGUUGGGUCCAAACCCCCCUAGGGUUCAUACCCUUUGUAUUGAAGCUCUAAUUCUUGUUCUUGAUGGUGGUGGUGUCUUCUAUCGCAGCCUCCUCCCCGUCUUAUAGGUGCGAGAAUCACCUCUUCCGUCUGGGAUUAGGAUUCGCUGAUUUCUUGCUGCGGAUUCUCCGGCUCUGCUUGAAGAAGCCGAAUUGCAGCUCUCGCAUUUCACAUAUUCGGUUUGCCAUUCCUAUAAUGCAUAUCCUUGCUCACUAUGAAGUGGACCUUUCUCGGGACAUACAAGUUCCGGUGAAAAAGACGUGCUACAUAAAGGACACCAAACUCACCCGGAUCGGCUAUUGCGAGGAGGGCGCAGCUCUGCAGAAUCUUGAUAUUGUGGUCACUGAAGAAGAAGAAAGCCAGAACGAGACCCUAGCGGAGUCAUCAUCACAAGCCGGUGAAGGGACAAGUCGUGCCUCGGAUCGAGCUCCUCGUCGUUGAUGCACUCGUCCAAGAGAAGAAGCCCCCGAGCCAUCUUGGGUUAAGAGGCUAUUUGACACUCUCACUUGCGUCCGAGAUGACAUCCGUCAGCUCAACGAGAGGAUGACCCGUCUCGAGCAAUCUUGCUCUUUUUGCGGUCCACAUCAUAGCUACAGCAGAGGAUCGCGCCCGAAAAAUUCUCUGUGAUGUCUUUCUUUUUUUGGGUUCAUAACUUGUUCUAG